AUGCAGGCGCAGAUCGCCUUCCUUCAGGGGGAAAGGAAGGGUCAGGAAAACCUGAAAAAGGACCUUGUGCGGAGAAUCAAGAUGCUGGAGUUUGCGCUGAAGCAGGAGAGAGCCAAAUACCACAAGUUGAAAUAUGGGACAGAAUUGAAUCAGGGAGAUAUGAAGCCUCCAAGCUAUGAUUCUGAUGAAGGUAAUGAAACAGAGGUGCAGCCACAACAAAAUAGCCAGUUAAUGUGGAAACAAGGUCGACAACUACUCAGACAGUAUCUACAGGAGGUGGGUUACACAGAUACUAUUCUAGAUGUGAAAUCUAAACGAGUGCGAGCUUUGUUGGGCUUUUCAAGUGAUGUCACGGACAGGGAAGAUGACAAAAAUCAGGACUCAGUUAUAAACGGCACAGAAGGUGAAGUUAAAGAUACAGCAAUGAUUGGGAAAUCUGAGUUAACAGAGCCUGCCUCUGUGCUGGAUAAUUUCAAAUUCCCUGGGAGCGCAGCUGCGGACUUCAGCGAUGACGAUGACGACGACGACAUCGACGGACGAGGGAAGAGCAUCACCGACACGUCGACGAUUGUUAGGAAAAAAGCAUUGCCUGAUAGCAGUGAAGAUCGAGAUACAGAAGAAGCUCUAAAGGAGUUUGACUUCUUGGUUACCUCAGAGGAAGGCGACAGUGAAUCUAGAAGUGCAGGUGAUGGAACAGACUGGGAAAAGGAAGACCAGUGUCUCAUGCCUGAAGCUUGGAAUGUGGACCAGGGAGUAAUUACCAAACUCAAGGAACAAUACAAAAAGGAGAGAAAGGGGAAAAAGGGGGUGAAGAGGCCCAAUAGGUCAAAACUACAAGAUAUGCUUGCUAAUUUGAGAGAUGUUGAUGAACUUCCCUCAUUGCAGCCAUCUGUGGGUUCACCUUCCAGACCCAGCAGCUCCAGGCUUCCUGAACACGAAAUAAAUAGGGCAGAUGAAGUGGAAGCACUGACAUUUCCUCCUUCUUCUGGGAAGUCCUUCAUCAUGGGAGCAGAUGAAGCGCUUGAAAAUGAACUGGGGCUUGGAGAAUUGGCAGGCCUUACCGUGGCCAACGAAGCAGAUUCACUAACUUAUGAUAUAGCAAACAAUAAAGAUGCAUUGAGGAAGACCUGGAACCCAAAGUUUACGUUAAGAAGUCACUUUGAUGGCAUUCGAGCCCUUGCUUUCCAUCCCAUUGAGCCUGUUUUGAUAACAGCAUCAGAGGAUCACACAUUAAAAAUGUGGAAUUUACAGAAAACAGCCCCAGCCAAAAAGAGUACAUCUCUUGAUGUGGAGCCUAUCUAUACAUUCAGGGCUCAUAAAGGUCCAGUGCUCUGUGUGGUAAUGAGCAGCAACGGUGAACAGUGUUUUAGUGGUGGCACUGAUGGACUGAUCCAGGGCUGGAACACCACCAACCCCAACAUCGAUCCCUAUGACUCCUAUGAUCCUUCUGUUUUAAGAGGCCCUUUGCUAGGCCACACCGACGCAGUCUGGGGUUUGGCUUACAGCGCAGCACAUCAGCGUUUGCUGUCCUGCUCAGCAGAUGGCACUCUUCGUCUAUGGAACACAACCGAGGCUGCUCCAGCCUUAAGUGUAUUUAAUGAUAAUCAAGAAUUUGGAAUCCCUGCCUCUGUGGAUCUAGUGAGCAGUGACCCGAGCCUUAUGGUAGCAUCAUUCAGCAAAGGAUAUACAAGCAUCUUUAACAUGGAAACACAACAACGCAUUCUCACUUUAGAAUCCAAUCUAGAUACGACAGCCAACUCUUCCUGCCAAAUAAAUAGAGUCAUCAGUCAUCCCACUCUUCCCAUCAGCAUCACUGCUCAUGAAGACAGGCAUAUCAAAUUCUAUGAUAACAAUACAGGCAAACUGAUCCACUCAAUGGUAGCCCACCUAGAAGCCGUUACAAGUUUAGCCGUUGAUCCUAAUGGCCUGUACUUGAUGUCUGGCAGUCAUGACUGUUCAAUACGUUUAUGGAACUUAGAAAGUAAGACAUGUAUCCAAGAGUUCACAGCUCAUCGGAAAAAGUUUGAAGAAUCAAUUCACGAUGUAGCUUUCCACCCAUCCAAAUGCUAUAUAGCCAGUGCUGGGGCUGACGCACUGGCUAAAGUCUUCGUAUGACAGACUGCAUCAUCUUCAGCUUCUAUCUCUUUAUAAAUAACCAACGGCACAAAAGAGAUACAGAAGACCAGGGCAAGAAUCAACCUGUUCUGCCCUUCUGUUCUGCUGAAGGAGCACAGAGAACAUUUGUAAAGUAUAGUUUUGCAAUUCGUACACUGUUUUCUAAAACUAAGGUUUGUUCAGGUUGCUGCAAGCUCAGCUGAAUCUGUGAGCCUGAAAACUUUCAGUUUUUCCCCAAAAUAGGAACUUUUAUUUCUGGAAUUCUAAUUCGCUAGGCGGGCCUGAGCGAACAUAUGUCUAGCUUGUCCCCUGUUGAGUAAAUAGGGCACAUUAUAAGGGAUCAUUUAAAAGCUCCAUGGCUGGUAAUGAGUAGAGGAAGAGCAGAAAUUUAGACCUAGUUGUCCCCUGAGAAAUCUUGCUAAACACAUUAGGUAGUCAAAAGAGUAAUCUGCACUAUACCUGCCAUACUAAUCCCUGUGUACUUAAUGACUAGGCAGUGUAAAAUGAGUUUUUAAUUUAGCUCUCUUUCCAACUGUUUACAUACAGCACCUGGCAAAGCAUUUUACCUAUUAGGGGGGAAAAAAGAAAUGCAAUAAUAUGUUAAAUGUAUUAUUAUUCAGAAAUGCUAAACAUAUUCAGUUUGUAAGCAGAUUUCUGUAUUGUAUUACAUUUUUGAAAAUGGAUUUGGUACCAUUCUGAAGUUUAGCUGUCAAAAACACUCACCAUUGUAAAGAGUAGUUGAGAUUCUGCUUUUACUAAAGGAUUUAACUUAAUUCAGGUGUAAGAUUGUUUAUUUUUAAGGGCAAGCAGGGCAUAUCUUUAUAAUUUCUAUUAAUUUUAAAGCUCACUUUAUUCAUAUGAUAUUUACAGUAUCAGAGUGAUUAUUUCAUAUCGAUAAAAUCUUAACUUUUCAGUGGUUGAAAAGAUGGUGGUUAUUUGCAAGUACUCAUUUAUCUAAACCCACAUAACCACACUUCAGAUGAUCUCUGCUCUUUCUUCUAAUACUCAAAUUAUCUGACACCUACCAAAAAAAUAGUUCAUAAUUAUGUUUCAACAGUCCAAAGGGUAUGGUUCAUUUCAGCUGCUUUUGCAGACGUACUAAAUAAAACAAAUGUUUUAUAACC